AUGAAAAGUAUAAUGACUCGAGAACGAACUAAACAAAGACCUCCUAUACCACACACUUUUCAAGCCUUGGCUACUGAUUUAAUUAAAUACGAGUGGAUUAAAGAUUUUUAUAAAGGAAGUGUAGUUGCACAAGAUGGUAAUACAGCUAUUAUAUUUUCAAGUGAAAAACUUAUUGAAAUAAUUCAAGAAGCUCAGGAAAUUUUUGUUGAUGGAACAUUUUCAGUAAGUUAUUUUGAUUGAUAAUUUUUUUUAAUUUUUUAUCUUAUAUAUCGAAAUUAAUUGCUCCCCGUCAUCCUCGAAUGGAUCAACUAUAUACUAUUCACACUCGUUAUAUGAAUAAAGCAGUUGGAACUGUGUUUUGCUUAUGUGAAGCACGUACUAGUGCAUUAUAUGAAUCAAUAUGGUUAAAAGUAUUAGAACUAGCUCCAGGAAUGAAAAAUAAUGUCAAAUUUAUCAUGAGUGAUUACGAAGCAGCAGCUAUAAAAGUUUUAGAAAAACUUUUUCCAAAUGCAGAUAUUCACGGGUGUUGGUUUCAUUAUAAUCAAGCAGUACUACGUAAAUGGAAUUACUUGGGUUUAACAAAUAUUUCAAAUAUCCUGUUGUCCAUGACAAUGACGCUUCCAUUACUGCCACAAGAAUAUUUCAUGCCAGCAUUAAGGAUACUACAUAAUUACUGCGACGCUACACAUUUCAAAUAUGAAGAAUUAUUGCAAUUUCUAACAUAUAUUGAGAAAACUUGGUUGCCUAAGGCAUCAAAAAGUUAGCGUAUAUAACUGUCCUGCAAGAACAAACAAUUUAGUAGAAAAUUUCCAUAGUACAAUAAGACGAAAAUUGGGUCUUCAUCAAAAUUUAUGGCUUUUUUUAGAUAAAUUAACAAAGUUAAUUAUGGAUCAAGAAAUUCAUUUUAGACGUCUACAAAAUAAUGAGAAUUUAAUGAUUGUGCAGCAACGCAAAAAUAAAGAGCGUAAUUUAAAUAUUUUUCAAGCGCAAACAGAUCUAAUUACAGGAAGGUUGCCCCUUGAACAAUUUUUACGAAUGUUUACCGGAAUAUAUAAAACUUCUUAUUAUCAAGAACAUAUAAAUAUGCAAGAGAAAGAAAAUGUAGCAAACAUCUUAUCUUUGGAAAAUGAAAACGAAGAGAAUUAUGAAAAGGAAACACAAAUUACUACAAAUCAAGAUAUUCCAACAAUUAUAUGUGAACCGGACAUUCAACCUCAAGUUGUACUAACAAGACUCAAACGUAAAGAUUAUGAAAAAUAUAUUGAAAAUGAUCGGCAACCAUUAAAUUUUAUUGAAAAUACUAUUUCGUCAAAUAUUACACGAAAAAGAUGCAGAAGAAAAGUGCACAAAUGUUGUUGAAAAAAUAUCAAUAUCAUAAGAUCUCAGUAUUUUAGCAUCAAUUCUGUAGAUUGAUUCUAAUGGAGACUGACAUUUUUUAAAAUAAUAUUUAAUUAAAGUAUUAAUUGAUAAUCAUUUUAGAUUUCAUUAUUUUGGAUAUUAAUUUUAUAUGAGAUCUCAUUGGAAUCAAUCUACAGAAUUACAUAAAAUAUGACUUGUUUCAUGAGGUGAGAUUUUCCGGAAAGAG